UCAAUGAGAAAGCAGCCUCACUCUAUCCGAGGCCAUCUGGUUAGGUCUUGUGAUCAAAUAAUUGCUAGCUUCAGAGGCAGACCAGGAAGCAAGGUAGUCAUAGCUUUUAAUAGCUCUUACAUUGGGCAGCUUAACAUUUAAAGCUGACUGGAUUUUUAUGCUAUGAUUUUUAAAACCUACUUUCUAUUGAGCAUUUUGUGAUUUGUAGUAAAUGCUAUAGUAUUUCAGAAAAAGGUAUCUUCUGAAAUCUUGGCUUUACUGUGAAGCUACUUUAUCUACUGCUCUUAUGAAGGAGGAAACUAGUUGAAUGCUAACAAGGUCAGAAGCUUAUGGCUAGUAAGUACUAACUAAGCCACAAUGGAGAAAACCCUGUGUGGAUAUCUUGUAAGAGAAUGCUGGAUAUUUUGAAGAAACAAUGAAUGCAUGUAUUUGAGAGAACAUCAGGACUCAACAUGUGUGGAGGUACACCAAAGACUUCAAACAGCACAGGAAACCAAACAGAGAAUACAAGGAAAAUUCAUGGUUCCCCUAGUGCAUUGGUCAAUAGUUUUUCAAAGGCAAGAUUGAAAAAGGCUAAAAAAUCACAUGGGGCAGAAAACAGCACCAAAUGUUUAAACCGAGCUACUGAAGAACUAUCAAACAGCUGGACCUGUUCAGGGUUUGACCUGAAUGAAAUCCGCUUGAUAGUAUAUCAAGAUUGUGAGAGGAGGGGCAGACAAGUCUUAUUUGACUCCACAGCGGUCCGCAAGAUUGAUAAAGCAACAUUUCAGGAUGCUUCUGGAAAGACUUUUGGCAAGCGUGCUCAAACAAGUAAUGGAACCAAUGCUAUUUCUCCCUGCAGCCCUGCUGAGGACAGCAGUCAGCAUGCAAAGGGUGACUUUCCAAAGUACCAGUAUACUAGGCCAGCUUCUGAUGUCAACAUGUUGGGAGAGAUGAUGUUUGGUUCGGUGGCAAUGAGUUACAAAGGCUCCACAUUGAAAAUCCACUAUAUACGUUCUCCACCACAGCUUAUGAUGAGUAAAGUAUUCUCCGCCAGAGUGGGCAGUUUUUGUGGAAGUACAAAUAGCUUGCAAGGCAGCUUUGAAUAUAUCAACCAAGAUCCUCAUUUAGUCAGACUGAACUCUAAUCCAAAUGGUUUGGGCCCCUGUCGUAAUGGAAAUAAUCUAGGUGUGUUACAGCUGUGUAGCAACAAACUGCUGCAUGGUGUGUCUGAAGGGGGGCCGCUCCGGCUCAUCCGGAGUGCUUCUUUCUUCACAGCAUAUAGUACACCUGUUGACAUGCCUAGCAGGGGUCAGAAUGAAGACAGAGACAGUGGCAUUGCUCGAUCAGCAUCUUUGAGCAGCCUUUUGAUGACUCCACUGCCAUCUCCAAGUUCCUCUUCUAGUAGUUACCAGCGUCGCUGGCUCCGAAGUCAAACAACAAGUUUGGAAAAUGGCAUUAUUCCUCGGUGGUCAACGGAAGAGACGUUCAACAUGGCAGAUGAAAGCUGUGGCCUUAACCCUGCAAUGAUUCGAAGAAAAAAAAUAGCUCUUAGCAUCAUUUUCUCUCUACCAGAAAAGGAAGCCGCACAGAAGGAGUUCCAAGAUUUCUUCUUCUCGCACUUUCCUUUGUUUGAAUCACAUAUGAGCAAGCUGAAGAGUGCAAUUGAAAUGGCUAUGAUCUCCUGUAGAAAAAUAGCAGAAACUAGCCAAAGAGUGCAAGUUUAUAUCAGCCGUGUCAUGGAUGCCCUGAGUGAAUUCAGAGUGACAGUCUGGAACUUGUAUUCAGUUCCAAGGAUUGCAGAACCUGUGUGGCUCACGAUGAUGUCUGGUGCUUCAGAAAAGAACCAGUUGUGCCAGCACUUCCUUAAGGAAUUCACUACUCUGAUAGAACAGACCAGCAAAAACCAGUUCAUAGCUGCUUUAUUAACAGCUGUGCUGACUUAUCAUCUGGCCUGGGUCCCUACGGUGAUGCCGGUUGACCAUCUCGCCGUCAGAGCCUUCUCUGUGAAACGGGCUUCUCCGUCGGUGAACAUGCUGGGAAAGUCACAUCCUUACAACCCACUUUGGGCACAGCUUGGUGACUUGUAUGGUGCUAUAGGGUCUCCUGUCAGGAUGACACGGACUGUGGUGGUUGGGAAACGUAAGGAUUUGGUUCAGCGCAUACUCUAUGUUCUCACCUAUUUCUUACGGUGCUCUGAGCUACAAGAUGACCAACUGACUUUGAAGGGGAAAGACAGUGAAGGAGAACAUGCCCUAAAUGGAUGUAAGAUCACCACAGCUCUGGAAAAGGGAGAUGUUGAGGAAUCUGAUUAUGUAGUAGUCACUGUUAGAAAGGAACCUGCCCUUGUGCCUCCUCUUCUGCCUCAAAAGAAUACAAGUAAUUCUUCUUUGGGACACGAGAGCUGCAUUGAGCCUGCAAGGUGGAAGGAAAAGCAUGAAGGGAUGAGUGCCGAGCAGAGUUCUGAGGUAUAUUCCUGUUUGUCCAAAGUAGGCUCUCCUAAAGGAAACAUGGAGGGGGUUAACAAGGGGAAAACUAUGGCCAGUUCAGAAGCUAUAUUCGGAGGGCGAGCUAAAUUGGAGAACUUAACCAUAGAAAGAAAUGACAGCAGCUACUGCAAGGAAGCGGAGCCGCUGCUUGGCGAUGCAUCUUCUGCACAGUUUCCUGGGAGGGUUGGUCAAAGGUGCUCUCACUUGGAAAAAGUUACCUUCCACAUUGGAAGCUCCACCUCUCCAGAGUCAGAUAUAGAAACCCAAAGAAAGGAGAUGAGUGAAUCACUGGGGAAACUCAGGAGUAAAAGCAAAUCUCCAUGCUUGGCGCCAAGUCCAUUGCGGGUAACAGCCCAACGAGAAAAAUCUGACUUCUCCUUUAAGCCACGUUCCAGGCAGAAAGUGAGUAAAACACGAGCGCCAACUGCUCCUCGGGUAUCGGGUCGGCUCCCUGUCCCUUCUGACAGCAAAAUCAAAGCAAUGCAUUCAGCAGAACUGGGGGAAGCUAAAAGUACUUGCUGUGAAAACCUUGCAAGCGGCACUCCUGACGGUGAUGCAAAGAGUUCCACCGAUGGUCAUGUUUCUAACCAAGCGGCUACUGUGGCUGGCCCCUGUGGAGGCACUGGAAGGAAGCAUCCUUUCAGACUGGAAGAGAACAUUCCUAGGAACGAGAGCUCAGACAGUGCCCUGGGAGAGAGUGACGAUGAAGGCAGCAGCGCAUGUAGCCCAGAUACACAGCCUCAGAGCUUGAGCACUCAUAGGCCUGAGGAGCUCUCAGAAGUGGAGCUUGCUUUGCCAAGAUCCCACACCAUCAGCAGUCAAAGUGUGAAACAUUUUGGACGAUCGCUUUUGGGGGGCUAUUGUGCUUCCUAUAUGCCUGAUCUUGUAUUACAUGGAAUAAGUAACGACGAGCAACUCAAGCUUUGUUUACCAGCUGACUUGUGUCAUUCAGUAAAUCAUCCAGUGCUAGACGAGCCCAUCGCAGAAGCUGUUUGCAUUAUUGCUGAUACUGAUAAAUGGACAGUGCAGGUGGCCACAAGCCAGAGAAAAACGAUGGACAACAUGAAGCUAGGCAAAGACGUUCUGGUCUCCAGCCAAGUGUCUUCUUUGCUGCAAUCUAUUUUACAGCUUUACAAACUUAACCUUCCUGCUGACUUUUGUAUAAUGCAUCUUGAGGAUCGGCUGCAGGAAAUGUACCUCAAAAGCACAAUGCUGUCAAAAUAUUUGCGAGGUCAUACAAGAGUUCAUGUGAAGGAGCUUGGAGUAGUAUUGGGGAUUGAAUCCAACGACUUGCCUCUGCUGGCAGCUAUAGCAAGUACUCAUUCUCCGUAUGUUGCUCAAAUACUCCUCUAAGGAAAAGUUCCCCCAGCAAAGUGAAAGGACGUGGGGCGCAGGACAGAUGCCAAGCUUGAAGAGGUGGCAAAUGGAGGGCGGCAUUGCAUUCUGUCACUUAUCCAUUUCUGCAUUUUGUCUGGAUGCUUAUCAGUGGGAUUUCAGUUUACAUUAUGUAAAAGACAUUCAGGGUUUUUAUAUUCUUUGUGAAGUAAGCUAAUCCAGAGUGCAUCUUUGUAUUUUAAUGGACAAAAGGAUUAAACACUACUGAAACACAACUAUCAACAGAACUAUCCAAGUAUGGUUUUCCUACUAUUGCACUUGUCAGUGUCUUGUUCUUCUGAAAUUUUUCAAAUGGGAAGCUGUAAGCAAUUGUAUCCUUAAGCAUUCCUGUGCUCUCUUUGGAUGAGACAUGAUGAUUUAGAGCAUGUACGCAUGCAUGUGUUUUUGUGCUCUGCUACUGGCCUUCCUUGGAUUGAGAGAUUCAGCAUUUGGAGUAACUAACUGGGCAUGCAGUUGGCUGGUUCCUAAAAGAGACAAGAGAAAUGGAUAGAACUGAAACUGUAUUUGAUGGUGUUGCUAGAGAAGCACAUGCUGAAUGUACACUGCAUCAGUUUUGGAUGAGUCGGGGAUGUUUCUGGAGCCUGGCAUAAUUUCCGUGGCUGACUUGUCUUGAUGCAAAUUUCGGUUUCCUGUUCUUAUUAAAAUGUAGGUCAAGCAUCUGCCUUUCUUUUUUUAAGCAACUGAAAAAUGGGUUUGAAACAGAAGAACCGAUUUGAUAAACAUGGCGUAAAUCCUGGCAAAUUUAUUUGAAAGCAUAACUGCUUCAUUGCCCUGUGAAUAGGAGAUCACUCUUUAGCUGCACUUUAAGCAGGAGCAGCUUGUUAAGUGAAUGAAUGGAAUGUGCAGACAAAACCCCAGCAAGGGUAUUGGGGGGUGGCCAUAGUAACAGUGGCAGCAGCAGUUCAUUACGACUAAGUAUUCAAAGCGAUCCCACAGAAUGUUUUGCACUAACCUCUCAGUGCCUUCCAAUCUUGUAUGUUUUCAUCGGAAGUUUCCCUUUCAGAAUUAAAUUAGAAAUUAAUCAUAUCCACCUCAUUUUCUAUACUAUCAUGCAUCUGCAUGAGUCUUGUGUCUCAAGCAUAAGGUUUUUACUUUUAGGAGGUUUGGUAUAAAUGCAAGCCUUUUAAUAUCAAGGAUGCAAGUUACUAGAAUGAAGAAGAGCAAAAGCCUCUUUUGAAAAACCCUCUACCAGCUCAGUGCUUAAAUUGUUCAGUUGUCUCAGUGCUAUCUGUUUGUGAGAAUGAAAAUGUAACAUGGAAGUAGAAAAGUCAUAUAUGGCAACCACACUGAAGUGGUGCCAGCAAAUUGAUGCCAUGUCUUCUAAAUACCAAUUUACUAUUGUAACACUUUUUUGUUUGAUGCUCCUCAAAAUUUUCUAUUUUGUCUCCUUGCUCCUUCAUUCUUCUGUUAUAUUUGUGACAGUACUUAAUCAUGCAGACCCCAGUUCUGGCAUCCCUGUUAUAGAUGACGUUUAUGUAGCCAUAGCAGCAUUGUUCUCCUCUGUGCCCUGCAAUUCUUCUUGUCACAAAUUAGCUUCAAAAAUCAAUUUCACUCAGACUUCAUUGUUUUAAGCUGAAGAAGGCUCCGUUUUUGCAGAAAGGUCCACGCAGGCUUUAAAAUACAUGCUGUUUUCUCAUAUUGAGAUCAAAGGAUGAAAUAUCUUAGCAGUCUUCAAUUUUAUUACCUUAAACACAUUUUGUGAGGGCAUGUCUUUCUCAUAAAUGUUUCCUGUAGUUAAGAAUAAAUGCUUAAUUACAGAUUGUUCUUCAAAAUUUACAUUCUGAGAGAUGACCCUACAUGAGAAUUGGAUCACCGAGUAGCUUUAUCCUGUAUUCCAGAAAAAUAAAACAUUCUUCCCGCCAAAAAUACUACCUCAUUUGACAGGAUAAUGUUCCAGUAGGUGGCUACUUCAAGUUUGUGCACCUGUUGAAUUCUCUGCAUCAUUGUGCUGUAGCAUUAACAGAGCAAAAACUGUACCAGUGGGCAACCUUUAUUUGGCAUAGUUUAGAUUUUGGUAUUAUCAAACGGUUUAAAAGUGAUGUUGAAUGUACAUGAGAAACACUGAAACUAACGAUGAGAGGAAAGCUUUUCUUAAAUCUCCACAAUUCCAAAGAUUUUAUUGUGUUUUUACUUGGCAUUUUAACAGUAUUUCUAAGUGGAGGCAAAUUUCCAUGGACCAUGGUUUGCAAUUUAAAACAUGAGUGGAUUUUUUCCAAAAUAAUUUUAAGUACUCAUAAACACAGGCAGGAGGGAAGAAGAUACUGGUGGUUGAUGGUUUAGCUAAAUGAAUUUCUACAAUGUGUGAUAUUUUAAUGAAUCAAAAGAUUAGAGUUUGCUGUCUAGCAUUCUUAAAGAUAGAUAUGAAAUAGUGACCAUCAUUCUAGAAGGCCUGUCCUCCCCUUUUUCCCCAUCAAAUAUUUCCAUUUCCCAACCAACUGAUAGCUACUGUGGUAGAAUGAGGUGUCCACUCCUUUAAAGAGAAGCUGCAUUUUAUAGUGUUGUAAUUGUUUCAUAAGCUGUGACAAUGGACCAUAUUACCUGGCUUGGAGGAAAUAACAUGUAAACUAUCCCAGGGGAAAAUGUGCAUCUUACUGCAGCUUUUUUUUUCAGAGAGGAAUGAUGAAUAGUGUGUGUUUGAAUGAGUACCUGUGUCAAACCUGUGGAAACCUCUUACUUGGAGCUCUUAAUGAACAGUAUCAUUUGUGUCAAUUUCUUUGUGGCAUUGGUGCAAUAAAUUUUAUGAAUUCAUCAUUGA